AUGGCUGACCUUUCUAAGAAAUUUGAUAGCAAUUCACAGAGGUCUCAAAUUUCUUGCAGCAUAUUCCUGGUGUCAAAGGAAAGUCCCUCCACUAUCUGCUGA